GGACGAUUUUGCCCCUCAUGGUCGGAGCCAUGCGGCGGUGUGCCAAGCCCACUGAUCAAGCGGUCCCACGGGUCAGAAUCUCCUCCCCAAAUCGCACGGUAGCGUGUCACACUGACACCCUAAACCACCUCCCACGACUCGCCGCCGCCGUCGGUGACGGGCGACGGCGGUCCCGAUGGGCUCGUCGGCCUCCGUAUUAUCGCUCCCCACUACCGCCUCCAUCCCUGCGGCUGCCACCGCCAUCGCCGGAGCCGCCGGCUGCUUCGCCCUUGGCUACCUCCUGGCCCUCAGCCGCCUCCCGCGCCACGCCGCCGCCCCCGCUUCCGGGGGCCUCUCAGAUGAAGAUUCCGAGGACGACUCGGGAGAAGAUGAUGACGAAAAUUCCGGCUGCAGCCGUACCGCGAAGCAAGCCGGGAGGAAGCGGACCGGGCUCCGGCUGCUCUUCUGGGCACGAAACGUGGUCACGAAGUCCGGCUCGGCCAGGGAGGCGGAGAGGGCCCAGGCGCAGACUGCAGCCAUCCCCCUGGAGAUCGAGAACCUCGCCGAGAUAAUCGAAGAUUUCAAGAUGGUGCUGAUCGUGAGGAAUGAUUUGAAGAUGGGGAAGGGGAAGAUUGCUGCACAAUGCAGUCAUGCAACUUUGGGUCUGUUCAAAAAACUCCAACAGAGAGCACCAAAAUCACUAAGAAGGUGGGAGCGGUGUGGGCAAGUUAAAGUGGUUGUGAAAAUAGAAAGCGAGGAAGAUAUGCUUGUUUUACAAGGGAGAGCAAAGUCCUUGAAUCUGCCAACUCACAUAACCAUAGAUGCUGGAAGAACACAGAUUGCUCCAAAUUCAAGAACAGUCAUGGCUAUUCUUGGCCCGGCUGACAUGGUCGAUGAUGUCACUGGUGGUCUGAAGCUGUUGUAAAAAUCGCCUUCUGAGCAUUCUCAAUCAUAGGUGUUCAAAGAGCAAUGCUGGAAUUUUACAAUUCACAUUGGUCGCGCACUGAUUGAUCUGCUGCCAAAGAUUGAACCUGGCCUCAUUGGUUGAGUCAGUCGUUUUGUCCAAGGAUUUAUUUGAAAGGAGGCCACAUUCAUUCUUACUUGUACUGGCUGUUGUCAUUGGAGCCCUGAUUUCAGUCAUUCAAUGUUUUUUUGGUGUUGAGAACGUACUUAUGAACCAUUGUUUCUUCUGUAAAAUAGAUAAGAAAUCAUUUUAGCGUUUCCCCUUUC